CAGCCGAGGCUUCCAGUGUCUCCCGCUCUCGUCCAGCCGGGCCCGCGGGCACGGAGAGGAGACCUCGGCGAGGCGUCGAGUCCGUGAGGAACGGCGGGCGAGCGAGCGCCGGGGCACCAUGGCCGGGAUCAUCAAGAAGCAGAUCCUGAAGCAUCUCUCCAGAUUUACCAAAAAUUUAUCUCCUGACAAGAUAAAUCUCAGUACCCUUAAAGGAGAAGGUGAGCUGAAGAACUUGGAGCUGGAUGAAGAGGUGCUUCAGAAUAUGUUGGACUUGCCCACAUGGCUUGCCAUCAACAAAGUGUUUUGUAAUAAAGCAUCCAUUAGGAUCCCAUGGACAAAGUUGAAAACACAUCCUAUCUGUUUGUCUCUAGAUAAAGUAAUAAUGGAGAUGAGUACAUGUGAAGAACCUCGAGCUCCCAAUGGCCCAUCGCCAAUUGCAACUGCCUCAGGACAGAGUGAAUACGGCUUUGCUGAAAAAGUAGUUGAGGGAAUUACUGUUUCUGUCAAUUCUAUUGUCAUCCGAAUUGGAGCAAAAGCCUUUAAUGCAUCUUUUGAACUGUCUCAGCUGCGGAUAUAUAGUGUUAAUGCAAACUGGGAGCAUGGAGAUUUAAGAUUUACUCGUAUUCAAGAUCCACAGAGGGGAGAGGUUUUGACAUUUAAAGAAAUAAAUUGGCAGAUGAUUCGAAUAGAGGCAGAUGCUACCCAAAGUUCACACCUUGAAAUUAUGUGUGCACCAGUUCGAUUAAUAACUAAUCAAUCAAAAAUCAGAGUCACUCUGAAAAGAAGAUUAAAAGACUGCAAUGUCAUAGCAACAAAGUUAGUUUUAAUAUUGGAUGAUUUAUUAUGGGUUUUAACGGAUUCCCAAUUGAAAGCCAUGGUACAAUAUGCAAAAUCUCUUAGUGAAGCAAUAGAAAAAUCCACAGAACAAAGGAAGAGCCUGGCUCCAGAACCUACACAGAGCUCUGCAGUCACCCCAUCUGCCCAGCACGUGAAGACACCACAGGCGUCCAGUGCUCCUGAUCUAAAUGAUGCCAUUGUGAAAUUAUUCAAUGACUUUGAUGUUAAAGAAACCUCCCAUCAUCUAGUGAUUUCUCACCUGGAUCUACACAUCUGUGAUGAUAUUCAUGCAAAAGAAAAAGAGUCAAACAGACGUAUUACUGGAGGUGCUAUGCAACUCUCUUUUACACAAUUGACUAUAGAUUAUUAUCCUUAUCAUAAAGCAGGAGAUAGUUGUAAUCAUUGGAUGUAUUUUAGUGAUGCAACUAAAACAAAAAACGGAUGGGCCAACGAGUUGUUACAUGAAUUUGAGUGCAACGUUGAAAUGCUUAAGCAGGCUGUGAAGGAUCACAAUGUAGGUUCACCUCCUAAAUCCCCAACACAUGCCUCUCCCCAGCACAUGCAAACAGAGAAGGAUUCCAUUCUGAAAGGCACUUCUAGAACAUCUUCAGUAUUAUCUCAACCAUCAAAAGCUAAGCUAAUGUCUAGUUCUGUUGUGGUUAGACUUGCAGAUUUCAACAUAUAUCAGGUUUCUACUGCAGAACAGUGUCGUUCUUCACCCAAAAGUAUGAUUUCCUGCAAUAAAAAAUCCCUGUAUCUUCCACAAGAAAUGUCCGCUAUCUAUAUCGAAUUCACAGAAUAUUAUUAUCCAGAUGGAAAGGACUUUCCAAUUCCAUCUCCCAACCUCUAUAGCCAGCUGAAUGCACUGCAGUUUACUGUGGAUGAAAGAAGCAUUCUGUGGCUUAAUCAGUUUCUUCUGGACUUAAAACAGAGUCUCAAUCAAUUUAUGGCUGUGUAUAAGUUGAAUGACAAUUCAAAAUCUGAUGAGCAUGUUGAUAUUCGAGUUGAUGGUUUAAUGCUCAAGUUUGUCAUACCUUCUGAAGUGAAGUCUGAAUGUCAUCAGGACCAACCACACACGGUUUCCAUUCAGAGCUCUGAAAUGACAGCCACGAACACCAGGCAGUGUCCCAACUGCCGGCAUUCGGACCUAGAAGCUUUAUUUCAAGACUUUAAAGAUUGGGACUUCUUUAGUCAAACAUACACUAGAUUUCCCAAAUCCUGUGACAGUUUUAAUCUUUUACAUCCAAUCUUCCAGAGACAUGCCCAUGAACAAGACACCAAGAUGCAUGAAGUUUAUAAAGGGAAUAUUCUUCCCAAAUUGAAUAAAAACACACUUAAAACUUCUGCUGCCACAGAUGUGUGGGCUGUAUACUUUUCUCAAUUUUGGAUAGACUAUGAAGGGAUGAAAAGCGGAAAAGGACGGCCAGUAAGUUUUGUAGAUGCUUUCCCUCUAUCUAUCUGGAUUUGUCAGCCAGUAAGAUACGCAGAGUCCCAGAAAGAAGUGCAGACAUGUGAUCAGGAAUCCAGUACCUCCCAAAGUGAAUCUGGUGAUCUGGUGGGCCGGUUGAAGCGGAAGAAGCUUUUGAAGGAGUAUUACAGCACUGAGUGCGAGCCCGCAAGCGAUGGUGGGCAACAGCCACCUUCAGAUGCACUUGUGGGCGUCUCAUCUUCGCCGUCCGAAGCUGAUAUUCAUGUCCUGGUUCGUGUCCAUAAACACGUCAGUCUGCAGAUCAACCACUACCAGUAUCUGCUCCUGCUUUUCCUUCACGAGUCGCUCAUCCUGCUGAUUGAAAACCUGAGGAAAGACGUAGAAGCUGUGACUGGCAGUCCUGCUCAUCAGACGUCCGUUUGCAUUGGGAUCUUACUUAGAAGUGCAGAACUGGCUCUUCUUCUACAUCCGGUGGAUCAUGCGAAGACUCUGAAGUCUCCUGCUUCUGAAAAUGGGAGCCCCACGAUUCCUGAGCAUUUGCCUACAGAAAAUGCGGGUUUUAUGUCUUUGAAAAGAACACCAGGUAGCAAUGGUGCAAGCCGAAUUAGACAUGCUCCUGUUAACCAUCUGUCAGACAGCAGAUCUAUGAGUGUUGACCUUAGCCACACCCCUUUGAAGGAUCCUUUGCUUUUUAAAUCAGCAAGUGACACAAAUUUGCAAAAAGGUACUUCUUUUCUGGACUAUUUACCAGAAAAACAUUUAGGAAAAAUAAGCGAGGAUGAAAGUAGUGUGCUGGUUUAUAAGAGUGGCUCUGGAAAAAUUGGAUCAGAAAAGAGUGACAGAAAGAAUUCAUCUUACAUAGAUUCACAUAGUGUCUUAAACCACCAGGAAGGCUCAACCAUGCCCUCCUUUCAUAAUGAAGGUCAUCUAAACAUACUUCCAGGUAGUCUUACUAGCAAAGGAAAUGAUAUAGAGUCCAGCUUCAAAGCUGAGGAUCUGCUUCCAGAGGCAGUUUCACUGUCUGAGAACCUGGAAACUAGUAAAGAGGCGCUGGCACUCAGAACUCUUAAGUCUCACUCUUCUUUAAGUGGAAAAGCCAAGGAACGUUGUCCAGCCAACCUGGCUCCACUCUUUGCUUCUUAUAAGAGUGUGGAAAGAAGUUCCUCACAGAUUUCAUUGGAUACGAUUUCACUGGACAGCAUGAUAUUGGAAGAACAGCUGUUAGAAAGUGAUGAUAGUCAUAUAUUUUUGGAAAAAGGUAUUAAAAAGAACUCAAAUACAAGCCACCAGAGCUCAGCAGAAAGUAUGGACACCAAUGCAAAUAUGCAGAGUUGUGGCGAAGCCUCUCCAGAUGCCAUUAGUACAAAUUCGGAGGGUGCUCAUGAAAACCACGAUGACCUGAUGUCAGUUGUGGUGUUUAAAAUUACUGGAAUUAAUGGGGAAAUUGACAUCCGAGGAGAAGAUACAGAAAUCUGUCUUCAGGUGAACCAGGUGACACCGCACCAGUUAGGCAAUAUCAGUCUUCGGCAUUACCUUUGUAAUCGUCCAAUUGGUUCUGAUCAGAAAGCUAUAAUUCAUUCCAAAUCUUGUCCUGAGAUUUCUCUGAGGUUUGAAAGUGGUCCUGGUGCUGUAAUACACUCUUUGCUUGCAGAAAAAAAUGGAUUUCUGCAGUGUCAUAUAGAAAAUUUUAGCACUGAAUUUCUUACAUCUUCUCUUAUGAAUAUUCAACAUUUUUUGGAAGAUGAAACUGUUGCAACAGUAAUGCCAAUGAAGAUACAAGUUUCUAACACAAAAAUAAAUUUAAAAGAUGACAGCCCGCGGAGUAGCACAGUGUCCCUGGCAGAAACAGCUCCUGUGACUGUGCAUAUUGACCACCUUGUGGUGGAGAGAAAUGACGACGGUUCUUUUCAUAUCAGAGAUUCUCGUGUGUUUAACACCGAAGAUGAUUUGAAAGACGAUGUUAAAGGUGACACAGUGCUGCUGGCAAGUGGGAGGUGUGCUAUGAAGAAACAACACAGUGUCACUCAGGCCACUCAGACCAAUCCACAGGUUUCUUGGCCUUCUCAGUCAGCCAACUUUCCUGAGGGCUCAUUUGACUUUACUAGGGAACAGCUCAUGGCAGAGAAUGAAUCUCUAAAACAAGAGCUGGCCACAGCUAAAAUGGCCUUGGCAGAGGCUCACUUGGAAAGAGAUGCACUUGUCCAUCAGCUGAAGAAGAUGGCCCUUGACCAGCAGAGCUCAAGUGUCCGCAUUUACAGUGUGGAUGUGGCGAACUCAUGAAGAUUUUCCUUUCCCUAGAAAUAAAGGGAAAUGAAAUGUGAAGUAAAGACUAUCCCAUACCCAGUUUAGAAAGUAUUAGGUACGAACAUAGCAGACCUCUGUGUUGGAGGUUUUAGCUUGUUUCUCAACAGUAUGAUCUAGUGAUGUUGCUGUAAAAUAAUUACAUGCCUGAUGAAAAGAUGCCAUUUCCUAAUUUUGAUAUUUCAUUGUAAACAUUUUUAAAAGAAAAAUGAAAACCUGUUGGGUUUACAGAAUGCUGUUUAUUUCUCACCGUUUGUUAAUAAUUUACUAUUAUUUACAAAGAAUCAAAUGCUUUUAGAGCUAAUGUAAAGAAAAGGAGGCUUACAUUUUAAAUGUUAUUAAAAUUAUGUACUUAAUCUAAAAUUGCUAUAAAAGUCUAAUAAUAUUAAUAAAUUACAUAAUUAUUGAGUUUACAAACUGCUAAAUUUUCACCCUCCUAUAAAGUAACUUGAAAAUGUGAUAAAAUAAGUUACAUUAAAUGAUGGGUAAUCUGUGUAAGUGGAAAUUGUAAUUUUCAACUAAAUAUGGUAUGAUUGUAAAAAUAAAAAGCACAAAUUUUAUUAGAGUACACGGGCAAGUGACUUAGAAAGCAUUGUUUGCACAUUCAUUUCCACAUUUAUUGUUAGAGGUAAGAGUAAUUUAUCUUGCUAUAUUUGGCAGUAUUUGUAACUGUGAAAGUUUUA